AUGCACACAUGUGCCCUCUUCUCUACUGGCACUCAUGCGCACAGACGAACACUUUCCUCCAGGGUUACCGCGAGCAACGAGACGAGCACCCGAGACUGUGCCGCCAGGGCCUGCGAGGCCGCCUCGUACGACAAUCCACGCCUCGACCUCGGCUGCUCCAAUCCCGCCGGCCUGUGCCAGCCUCCGUUGGGGUUUGAGACGGCGUCGGACCGAGCCCCGCGGCUAGGCUCCUCCGACGAUGACAUGCUGAUCGCGCCCUGCCUCUGCGACGGUACGCUGAAGUAUGUGCACGAACGCUGCCUGCAAAAGUGGAUCGCCGCCAGUGACCUGCGAGUCUGCGAGAUCUGCCAAUUUCCCUUCGUCAUGAGGAUCUCGCCGCGCCCACUCCUUCGGUGUGUUGGUGCUGUUUUGGUAGACCACCAUUUCUGGCUCGCAUAA